UAGAAACAAAAAGCUAGAACAAAACUAGAAAAAGAAGUCUUUGUUUAGUGCAAGUACCAGUAUAUUUUGCAAGUACCAGUAUCUUUUGAUUUCUGUUUCUCCCCAUCACCACAAUUUCUGUUUCUUGUUUCCGACCAAUGGAAGUAUGUCUACGGAGGAGGAGGAUAAGCAGACCUCAAACAGUGGAGAAGGUGCAACAGCAUCAGGUGUAGUUCCUGCUGCAUCGAGCACUCUAGAUGAGUCUUUCGUGAAGCAUCCCCUGAACAACUUUUGGGCACUAUGGUUCUUCAGGAAUGACAAAAGCCGUAGCUGGGUCGACAAUUUAAAGUUCAUCGCAGAAGUCGGAGCUGUUGAAGACUUUUGGGGCCUGUACAAUCAUGUUCAACCAGUGAGUGGUUUGCCCAGCAUUUGUGAUUACAGUUUUUUCAAAAAGGGGAUCGAGCCCAUGUGGGAAGAUAAGCAGAAUGUGCAAGGUGGACGUUGGCUGCUGCAAACUCCAAAGGUCUCGCGAGAUCGGAACUUGGACAGCUACUGGCUGGAGCUCCUUCUCCUUCUUGUCGGUGAAGGAUUUGGUGAAGACUCCGAUGAUGUUUGUGGAGCGGUCGUCCAAGUACGGAACAAAGGAGACAAACUAGCUAUCUGGACUAGAGACUUCCAGAACAAGGACUCUGUGGUGAGAAUCGGUAAAAUAUUCAAGGCUGCUCUUCGUCUCCCAGCAGAUGCCUUAAUAGGUUAUCAAGCUCAUCGUGACACUAGCACGAAAACCAGCUCAAUGAGUAAAAACCUGUACACAGUAUGAGAGUGUGCUGUCAAAUUACUGACUUUUAGUGCCAGGCUCGUGUUCCUGUUUCGCAAGCCUACUUGUAACUCAACUGGUGGUGUGGUGGUCUACAGUACAAGUAUAUAGCUUCCUUCCAAGGUAAACCCUGACACGUACUCCCUCUUCGAACAAUAACCUUGGAAAGUUUAUAUGUCUCUGCUCUUCGUAUGUUGAUGCGCAUUAUUGUGAAGGGUUAUGUCACCGUAUCACGUUUCCUUCCCAACCUCUCUGAUUCCAAGAAAGUUAUCUUUUUGUUUACUAACCAAAUUUUUUUCUUCAUUAGCUGGCUGAAAUGAUUAUUAGCUAGGUUCGACCUUUUGAAAUGUCCACAUGCGGUAGAAUAUCUGUUCAAGGCCAGAGUAGCCGGAACAUGUAUUUGAAUCGAUUGUGUUUCAAUUUUUCAUGCUUUCACCAAUCGCUGGUCUGCUCAAUGUUUGGUAAGCUGCACCAUCAAUGCAAAACUCGCAUGUGGCAGUAAAGAUUUAGUUCGGGGUACACAGUGUACUUUGCCAUGA